AUGGCUCUCACUAAACGUCUUCCACUUGCCACGUUUCUUCAAUUAAGUAGUCGACAUUUAGCUACUCAAACAACACCAACACCUCCACCAGCCAAUCCACCUAAAGCUCAAGCACCAGCACCAGCACCUCCAGCUCCACCCCAAAAAACGAAAUUCGGUCCAUUAAAAGAUGAAGAUCGUAUAUUUACUAAUCUCUAUGGUCGACAUGAUUGGCAUUUAAAAGGAGCUCAGGCUCGAGGUGAUUGGUAUAAAACGAAAGAAAUUGUUUUAAAAGGUUCACCUUGGAUUAUUGAUGAAAUAAAAAAGAGUGGAUUACGUGGUCGAGGUGGUGCUGGUUUUCCAUCUGGUUUAAAAUGGAGUUUUAUGAUUAGACCUCCCGAUGGACGACCAAAAUAUUUAGUCAUCAAUGCUGAUGAAGGUGAACCUGGAACAUGUAAAGAUCGAGAAAUAAUGCGUCAUGAUCCACAUAAACUUAUCGAAGGUUGUCUUGUUGCUGGUCAUGCAAUGGGUGCACGUGCUGCUUAUAUUUAUAUUCGAGGAGAAUUUUAUAAUGAAGGUUCAAAUUUGCAAACAGCUAUUCAUGAAGCAUAUCAAGCUGGUUUUAUUGGUAAAAAUGCAUGUGGAACUGGUUAUGAUUUUGAUAUAUUUAUGCAUCGUGGUGCCGGUGCUUAUAUUUGCGGUGAAGAAACUGCAUUAAUUGAAUCAUUAGAAGGUAAACAAGGUAAACCACGUUUAAAACCACCAUUUCCAGCUGAUGUUGGUUUAUUUGGUUGUCCAACAACUGUAACAAAUGUUGAAACAGUUGCUGUUGCACCAGAAAUAUGUCGUCGUGGUGCUGAUUGGUUUGCUUCAUUUGGACGUGAACGAAAUCGUGGAACUAAAUUAUUUUGUAUAAGUGGACAUGUGAAUAAUCCAGUAACAGUUGAAGAAGAAAUGUCAAUACCAUUAAAAGAACUUAUUGAAAGACAUGCUGGUGGUGUACGAGGUGGUUGGGAUAAUUUAUUAGCAAUCAUUCCUGGUGGAUCAUCGGUACCUUUAUUACCAAAAAAAAUAUGUGAUGAUGUUUUAAUGGAUUUUGACGCACUUGUUGCUGUUCAAUCAGGUUUAGGUACAGCAGCUGUUAUUGUUAUGGAUAAAUCAACAGAUGUUAUUAAAGCUAUUGCUCGUCUUUCGGAUUUCUAUCAACAUGAAUCAUGUGGACAAUGUACACCAUGCCGUGAAGGCACUGGUUGGCUUGCUAAAAUGAUGAAUCGAUUUGUAACUGGCAAUGCUCGUCCAGCUGAAAUCGAUAUGAUUUGGGAAUUAUCAAAACAGAUUGAAGGACAUACAAUUUGUGCUUUAGGUGAUGCUGCUGCAUGGCCUGUUCAAGGUCUUAUUCGACAUUUUCGACCAGAAAUGGAACGUCGUAUGGCUGAAUAUGCUGCAAAAAAUACUGAUGAAAAGACAAUCAGUACUAGUACUCACUGA